UUCCUCAUAUAAAUCCGAGAUUUUUCUCUGGUACAGAUAGAUAUGAGUUGGAAAAGUUUGUAGCACUUCAACCCCAGAGGUGAGCGAGUUCGUGGGAUCUUUGCGGUAAUUCGAUCUAGUGUAACUGCCGGACUGAUGGCUGAAGCCUGAAGGCUGGGUUUUACUUCUUUUGAAUUGAGUGCGUUAUAAUUUGUUCCCAACUCGCCAAGAACAAGAUUGGCGAGAAACUUUGAAAGCAAUGCUGUUGAAACUUUGCGGGGUUCGAUCGAUAACCAAUUGUUCUUGGGGAGUUGGCGUUAUUACGAUAACUACGUACUACUAGGACGGACUACUGUCUAAGGGCCAGACGUGGACUUGGUCCGAAAGAGAUCAAGGGCUGGAAGUUGUUGGUUUGGAAACCCAAACAUCGAAAGUUGUGGUCGAAGGAGGGGAUUAAACCCAACUUUCCUAACCAUGACGAUCAUUUGAGUCUGUUUAGCGAUACAAUGACGACCACGGCAGUCUUGAUUUUCAUCGUACACCUCGAUGUACAUAGAGCUGUACUUGUUCGUCUGUACAGAUUGUCAGCGUUGAUUUCUUUUUGUUCUAUGGAGUGCUUCCUCACUCUCUGACUGUUUUUCCCCCUUAUUCAUCCUCGUCUUUUGAGGUCUUGGUGAUGCUCUCCACGGCCUCGGCCUCGUCUGGGAAGUGCGAAGUGCGAACACAACGACUGGAUGGAGCAUCUUCCUUCUUCUGCUCACUGUACAUAUGAAUCACCCACCUCAAACUUGGCAUCCGAGCCCAAAAUUUCAGCUGAUACAAUUUCCAGUCGGUAUUGCUUGAACAAAGUCGUUCCCAAAGGAGUUAAAAUAGGAGGCGAGCAACAAGGGAAUUAGAUCAAGGAACAAACAACAAAGCUCGGUCGAGGAUCUAGGAAGGAAGUCGGGAAGAAAAUCAGCAAAUAUGGGAGACGAAUGCGAAAUGUGUCAAAAUUGCAAACGGGAUAUCCCGGUAGUCAAUUAUCAGAUGCAUAUGCUCCACUGCUCUCGGAAUGUGACCCUUUGUCCGGAUUGUGAUGAGCCGGUACCCAAGAGUUCCAUGACGGAGCACUACGACGAGUUCCACCAAGAGAUCGAAUGCGACAAAUGUCAGGAGCAUGUCAACAAGAGCACCCUUAAAGCUCAUAAGGAAUCCUUAUGCUCGGAAAGACCCAUUGAAUGUCGGUUUUGUCAUUUGGAUAUGCCCUCGAAGAAACUAAGUGAACACGAGGACUAUUGCGGAAGUCGGACGGAGAAAUGUCCUCAAUGCUCAGAUUACGUCAAGCUCAAGGAUUGGGACGAACAUGAAAAAAUGACCCUCUAUCAUGAGCUGGCCCAGAAGCCGUGUUCGCAAGUAUUUGGUUAUGAACCUCUGGCCAAUGAUCCCACAUGGAGGCCGAAAGUUCCUUUCACUUCCUCUCGGUAUCUGAAUUCGUCCAAUUCCUUUAAUGCCAUUGAGUCGAGGAUCUUUCCAAGUACCCAUUUCUCUGCUGCUAUUGCUACCACUACCUCCUCCACACCCACUUACAAUUCUCGAGAGCCGUCCAAGCAUAAGACAGCGUCCUCAUCCAACGCAUGGAAAGGAUCCUCGUCGGAUGGAAGAUUUGCUGCUCUCAAGAGAACCGAAUCCGUUGGCAGUCCAACUAUAACUCAAGAAAACAAGGCUGUCUUUUCGGAACUUGAUGGGGACGACAUGCCAUUGUUGGAACCAAUUCGCAGAUACGAGCAGGACAACCACGACAACUACAACGACACCACCUCUCAACAUCGAUCGAGAUAUUCCCAACUCGAUCCUGAGGACCGAUCGAAAUCCUCCAACAGCGUAGUGGACCAAAUCUUGAAGAGACGAAUGGGACCCAAGAAGAGCAAGGAAAAUGGGCCAAGUGAAAACUCUUGGUUCAUUGGCGAUUCCUCGCCGCAGUCAUUGACGGAUAACUCUGAGGAUGAUGGUGACACCCUGAUCCCUUGCGAGUUUUGCGACACGCCCAUCGCGCUGAUCAAGCUGACUAAACAUCAGUCAGAGUGUACUCGCAACAUGGACUCGUUAUAUUUCAAUGCUCACUUACCGUUGGCCGUGGAUAGUUCAAAGAAUUGGCCCAAAGUCGUCACCGAUGCACUCUAUGACAAAGUCCAAGACGACUCCGUCGAGAAUGAAUCAGGUGGGACGCAAGGAACCAGACGAAAUUCCUUCUCGACCAACUGGAGCUCACCAGCUCGGCUCAGCGAUUCCGUCACUUCCAACACCAACCAGGUCUUGAGGACAGCCGUGGUGAAUGAACCUGACCACAUGGUCCCUCCACCUAUUCCCCCCAAAGCUAGAAUGUCAAGAUCCAGAUCCGUCACUGGAGCCAAACCCAAGGGAACAACGGGUAGUAGUAUAGUGAGCAAAUAUCUGGGCCAUAGCUCUGGGACACAAAGAAAGCCGUCUUCCACAAUGGUAACUGGGCCUUUGACUACAAUGAAACCAUUAAUUGACUUUGGAACCAAUCAUGAGCCCGAGAACCUGUCAUUCACUACAUCAGAACACGUGAGCAAUCAACCUGAGACAAAUCAUCAUCAUCAUCGAUCCUCCGCGGUCUCCUCCAGUCGAAAGAAGUCCAUCAAAAGUCAAAGGGACAAGAGCUCCACCACCGACCAUCAUCAGAGCAACGGUGCCAUACCCAAACAUUCGCUCGUUCCACCUCCAUCACGUCCUCCAAGGUCAACAACAUCCACUUCUUUCCCCUCAUCACAAAGUCAACCGAGUUUAUUUCACUGUUCGUUGGGUUCUCCCCCGGGUUCCCAAGCCACGCGAAUGCGAAGUUCUGGCUCGACCUUGAGUCAACACGACGCCGACUGUUUGGGUGGAUUCCCCACCACCCAAUCCAUGCAUGCAUUGGAGGGUCUUGAAGGCCACGGAGCGGGGAAUUCGAGAGCGGACACGGAUGAGAGGGAAAAAUUACGCGAAAUGCUGGCAUCGCUGAGAAAGGAUCCAUUUGAUGAGGAUUUGGAGAACAACGACGGAAGUUUCUUUCCUUGCGAAUUUUGUGGAGACCCUUACCCGUCGGAAUUUAUUAUGCGCCAUCAACUCUCUUGCGACCUAAAUCCACGACCUGUCAGCUCUGGGGACGGUUUCGAUUAUUCCAAAAUCCGCAAACGGGUCAAACAAAACAUGGAACUAGCCAAAAAUAUCCCCGAGAUCAAAUGAAUCAUGAGGAAUAUGAAAUAUCCAAAAACAUUGUCGUAUUUGGGGGAACGGACGAACCGAUCUCCCCACCAUUCAUAGGAAUCAUAGGGAUACCUCAUUGAGUUUCCCCGUGAGUCACGGUCCACACACAAAAAAUAACCAGGGUGUUGCUCUCAUUAGAGAACAACACCAAUUUCUACAGCCUUGUAAUGAAAUAAAAGCCUUGUGAUCCGA